UGUUAAUCUAUUGACCGCUAACGCUAAGGGUGUCAUUUUCCUGUCAAAACAUUCAACUUCCAUUGCCGUCUCUUAAUUUAAGCUCUCUAAUUCUCCUCUUUCUUCCUCAUAACUUUCUUGGCCUUUUUUUCUCUGUACAUAAUCUCUGGUUGUGUUUCUUUUCUAACCCGCCAAGCAAAGAGUUGAAGAAGAAAUAAGAGAUGCGGGUUUUAAAGGAAGAGAAAUCAAGAAGAAUACUGAGAGGUGUUAAAACCGUGUUUUUCUUGUUAACAAUGGCGUUUUCUUUUCUCGUGUUUUCCGCUCCAGUUUUUCUUGUUAUUGCCGAUACUCUUUUGCCUUCUGCUCUGUUUUCUGCUUCCCUCUCUCCUUUAUCAUUCGAAACCCUCUCAUCGUAUUUCGAUAACUAUAACUUUCGAUACUCUCUCAUAGAUAUCCCCCUCAUUUCUGUCAUCAGAUCAGCUAUUAUAAUCUGCGUUUACAGUUUUUGUGAUGGGCCGAGGCUUUCAAGGGGACCUUACUUUGGAAUCACAACGAUUUGUUCAGUUUCGUCUCUGAUUUUUGUUUCACUGAAAGCUUCAUUUGUGUUCAGUUCGAGUACAGGGAAAGCGCAUGUUCCGGCCAUGGAAAUUGCUCUUUUCAUUUGUUCAAUGGCGAUGGCGAUUGGGCAUAUAAUCGUGGCAUAUAGAACAAGUUGCAGAGAAAGAAGGAAACUCCUGGUCUACAAGAUUGACAUUGAAGCUAUUUCAGCUUGCAAGAAUGGCUUUCCAAUGUAUCAGAAGCUUCUCCAAGAAGAAAGAGGGAAACUUUAUCUGAUCUAA